AUGAAACGCUCUUGGGGAUUCUUGAUUGCGAGACAAUAUAACUAUCAGUUUGAGAAUUUCUAUGCAACAGUUAUCCAGCAAGCUUACAGGAAUUACAAGAAGAGACCUGAAUCUUUGGCAAAAAAAGUUUGGGAGAUAGUAAGGAAUGAUGCUACUCCUAACGAUAAGAAGUUUUUAGGUAUGAAAAAUGAAUGGGGAUAUCAUCCUUCAGGACAAAUUUGGUAUGAUGAUUAUUGCUUUUCAGUGAAAAAUGAUUGGAUAUACGAGAAGAGAGUCCAAUUAUGGUAUCGAUUAGGUUUUGUAACAUUAAUACUUGUUAAUAAAUUAUUAUAUCAGCAAGGCUAUAUAGUUGUUAGAGGUACAUAUUGGCCUGACAUGUUAAAAUGGCCACGGAAUCCCAAAUAUUAUAGUAUUCAUAAAAAAUAUAAUUAUGAAUACUUCAUCAGAAUUUCGGAUUGUGAGAAAUAUAGGAGUAAAUCGGUAGAAAUACAAAACAUAUGUGAUUCAUCAACGUUAAGAACAUAUUAUCUUCUAGGAAAGUAUUUUACUGUAAAUUUCUCGGAUUUAGAUAUAAUUGUGAGUUUGUGCGCCGAAUUUUCCAGAUCAGUCCUUGACCCAGAUUCCGAAUAUUAUCAAUAA